AUGACGCCUAAGAAGAAGCGUGGGCCGAGCUCCGGGCACCGAGCAGCGGGCGAGGGCGCUGAGCCGGCGCUAACAGAGCGCACGCUGUACCUGCAGCGCGAGUACACGCUACUCUCGGCGCAGCUGGAGGCCUGUGAGGAGCGCGUGGACCGGGUGCUGCGAGAAAACGCCUUCUUGGACAGCGAGGCGCAGCGCCUGCGCGAGGAGAACCGGCUUUACGCCAGCUACGUGAGCGCGCACGCGCAGCGCUCUGCCCAAGCCAUAGUGGGGCUGGACGAACAGAACCGCGUGGACUUGGCGCAGAUACACGAGCAGCGGGCCGAGCUUGCUUCACUCUACCGCGAGCGCCAGAACGGGGUUCGCGCGCAGCUGCUGGAUAUGGAGGCGCGCGCGGCUCAGAUGGUGCAGCAGGUGCAGGAGCUGCAACCCUACCAGGAGCUGCAGCUGGAACAGCUGGCGCGGAUCCGGGCGCUGGAGCGCGAGCUGCUACACAUGCGCGUGGAGCACACACAGCACCUGCAUCGCGCAAAGCGGCGCUUCUUGGAGGACAAGGACGCCUUCGAGCGCGAGGCGCGCCAGAGCGUGCAAUCCCUGGCGCGGCGCGCGGAGCGGGAUGCGGCGCGCGCGCUCAUCGCGCACACACAGGCCAUCAAGGCGGACAAUGGUCGCCUGCGGCAGGAGCUGCUGCGCCUGCUCCAUCGGACCCAGCUACUGCGCGACACGAGACACCAGCUGCUUCAGCAGCGUGAGCAACUGCGGCGCGAGCAUGAGGAUACGAGGAACCUGUCGCGCGUGCACAGCUGGCUGCUGAGGGGAUUCCGGGGCCCACCGCUCUGGCAGCCGCCCGCUCCCUCCCAGCCCUCUACGCGCCCUGGAUCCUUAGCUUCCAAAAGCCCCUCCCGUGCGGCCUCCAGGGCCCCAUCCAUGGCCCUGUCACGCGCAGUCUCCCAGGUACCAUGGAUGGUCUCCUCAAGAACAGCCUCCAGGGUUCCCUCCUUGCGGUCGCGCGCUACUUCUCAGGUCCAGACCUUGGUACCAUCUCUAGCUGCGUUGCAGGGGGCCUCUGCGUCCCUGGUUCCAUCCCACCCCGUCUCCCGGGUCCCAUCCCUGAGCCGGUCAAGUUCAGGCCUCCAGGUAGAAUCCCUGACCCACUUGUCGAGCUCCAGGACUUUGUUAUCGCCAAAGCAGUCACAAGAGAGCUCUGAGAACUCUCCAAAGCCCUCUUUUCCUGAUACCUCACAGAACACUCUCUCCUCUGUAAAGUCCGGCCCCAAAGCUUCUCUUAGCCCACACUCAGAGGAUGUGGAUUCUGUUGCUACAUCAGAGGUUGCCCUGGGGCAAGUCUGAACCCCUCCUGAAGGCCCAGGUUGGGGAGACCAGCACAGUGUGUCCUGGUUCCUGUGAGUGUUAAUAAAGGUAUGGCCCCCAUGCUGCUACUUGCCUCCUUUGCUCCUGUAGCAUUUCCAGAGGGCACAGUGGCACUCACGCCCACUGUGGACUCCCCAGCUGCCAGGGCCUUGGUGCCUCUUUCCCUAUAUGGAAUUCGGCAUCCAUCCUGUGACAGUUGUGGACCCCAGCAAGAGCCAGAGGGUGGUGCUACAUGCUAGGCAGAAGCUGGAUGGUGGGACCGUGAGACCAGGUCUAAGGUCCUGCCCUGGUUCUCAGUAAUUGGAGAAGUUUUGUGGCUACUUUCAGUAACAUUAAAAUAAACUGCACCAAGGGGGCCGGGGAGAUGGCUCAGUGGAAUAAGCGCUUCCCUGGC